AUGCCCUCACUGAUUACUGUGCAGGCCUCCUGCACUCGGGAAGUCCUCAGAUCCUCAGAUCUCGAUGCCCUCACUGAUUACUGUGCAGGCCUCCCGCACUCGGGAAGUCCUCAGAUCUCGAUGCCCUCACUGAUUACUGUGCAGGCCUCCCGCACUCAUGAAGUCCUCAGAUCCCCAGAUCUCGAUGCCCUCACUGAUUACUGUGCAGGCCUCCCGCACUCGGGAAGUCCUCAGAUCUCGAUGCCCUCACUGAUUACUGUGCAGGCCUCCCGCACUCAGGAAGUCCUCAGAUCCCCAGAUCUCGAUGCCCUCACUGAUUACUGUGCAGGCCUCCCGCACUCGGGAAGUCCUCAGAUCUCGAUGCCCUCACUGAUUACUGUGCAGGCCUCCCGCACUCAGGAAGUCCUCAGAUCCCCAGAUCUCGAUGCCCUCACUGAUUACUGUGCAGGCCUCCCGCACUCAGGAAGUCCUCAGAUCCCCAGAUCUCGAUGCCCUCACUGA